AUGGAGCAGAUUGGAUGCGCCGGCGAAGAGACGAUGAGAGAACGAACGAAGGCGUCGGAGGAUGAGGAAGAGGAGGAGGAGGACCAAUUUUAUCACGAGACACACCGCAAGAGCAGUCAACUCGCGGCCUUUUUCGUUCGAAUUCGUCUGCGCGCUCGGCGUUGUUCGGUAGAGCGCGUUUGGAACAGCGAUAGUGCGCAGUCGACAGAACACAGAACAAUUGAUUCUGCCCGUCUCCCACGAUCGAAAAUCGUGAGAACGUUUACAAAAAGCGCAAAAAUGUCAUUUUGUCAAUUUUCAACAACAAUUUUGAUCAGUUUCAACACUUACUUGCUAUAAAUCGAUUGUACUUGUUGUCAACACUUGUUCGAGAACAGUUUUAACGAUCGAAUAGUUUUGACGGAAAAAAAAAAGAAAUUCUUGAGUUGUGGACGUGAGAGAGACACAGCUGAAUGACUAUAUUCAUACUCGGUGUCUUUGCGCGCGUUCGUGGAGAUGUUUUUUGGGAAGACGGCAAUAUUGUUUCCAGAUGAAGGAGGUCGCACAAAAAAUAGGAAUACGGAAGAGUUUGAACAGAUUUAUGCGAGAAGUGAGUUGAGAGAAAGUUGGACAGACGCAAAUAAUAAUAAUGAAACACAGUUAACUGACGAUGGAAAACUGGACUUCGAAUCGGUUUCGUUUCAAGUUCUGGAAUUAGAAGCUGGCAAAAGAGAUAACGAAUGCGCUGAUAUCAUUGAGGUUUUAUUAGAAACUGCCAGCGUGAGAUUUACACACAUUCACAAGCACCCAAUGAUUAAUCAUUCAUGGCUUCAGAGAUCCGGUUGCCCUGAUCGUCUUCUGAUCCUCCAGCUUAUCGAUCGAUUCUUCCUGCAGUUUGUUCAUUUUCGAAAUGAAAUACUCAAUGAUCCAACAGUGAGCUUUUGAGUUGUUUUGAUCACAUUUCAACGGCAUUUUUAAGGAAUUCCUAGAGCUGAUGGUCGAGCUGAAUCCCAUCCGAAACCCUCUUCCUGGCUCGAAAAAGAACGGAAAAGAGUUGAAAACAGAAGCAAUUCGGGCGAUUAGAGAAUGGGAAAAACAGUUUGCGAAGGACGACGCGAGAAUGAAAUGCUUGGCGGUGACGCUGAAAAAGACAAAAUUCGUGGAAUACGAGCAGGUGAUUGUGGAUUUGGAAGCGGAAAGGGAGCGGAAGGCAAAGAUUGCGGAGAGGAAAAUGAGGAUGAUGCAGAGUGUGAGUGCUUCGGAACUUGGCCGAACUUCCAGUAGGUGGGCAUUUCCAGGCUCUCGUUGCGUACGAACGGAAGUUCCAGAAGAUCAAGGAAGACGCCGAUCGACUGUCGAUAGAAGUAUUUAAUACAUGGCAAAUGACCGUGACCUCGAUCAUAUUAAUUUAGAUGGAUACUGCUCUCCGAAUCCUAGUUCCUUCCUUCACCGAAGAUAACGUGGAUCCAAACGUUCCGGGAACUUCCACUCUCGCCACGCCGUCAUCUUCUUCAAAAACCCUCGACAUAUUCAUUCCCGACCUCGCUCCAGAAGUCAUUGUUUCUUCUGAAAAUGACGCCGUUGUCGAGGCGUUUCUCGAUGUAAAAACCCUUCUCAUUCAUAGAGUUCAAACCCUUCGAAAGUCAGUUUCAAUUGGUUUUCCAUAAUUUCUCUUAUUUCAUUGCAGAUUGGCAAAGCGGUUGUUGGUACUGAAACAGCACGGACAGCCAUUGGCGGAUAAGAUUGUCACCUAUCGGGACAGUCUGAAAAAGAGAGUUCUGAAAGCGGAAGAGCUGAAAAUAAAAGGCGAUCCUAGGGAGACGGAGACAAAAAAGAAGAAGAAGUUUGACGACGGUUUCAUUGACGUCGAGAUAUCGAUUGACGACAUUCUGAUGCUGCAGUACUCGAAGAAAACGGAAGAAGCAAUGGAGAAGGAGAAGGUCCAGAAAAAGAUGAAAGGGGAGACGAAGACAAUCGAGAAACCGAGGGAAACGGUGAAAGCAGUGCCGUUCGGACUGGAUCUGAAGUACUGGGGAGAAGAUCGGGAAAAGGUGGAAGUACCGAAGAACAAUGCGGACUGCCAUCGCUUCUGGAGAUCAGCCGAUGAAGGGACUGUGGCUGGAACUGCUCAUCACAGCAUUUACACUCAGCGACAGUUCACUUUCGUAGGAAAAGCUGCUAAAAGUGACAAGGUGUGUCGCGCGACGCUUCCGAAUGGAGCACUCUGUCCGAGAAGAGACUUCCUCAGCUGUCCGUUGCACGGAAAGAUCGUCGACCGAGAUGAAAAAGGCGAGCCGAUUGCAGAAGAAGAUCGGCGAACCGAACGGAAACGGGAAGAGCGGAAGAGGCAGAAAGAGUCCGAAGAGUUUUCUCGGAAGAUCGAGAAAGAGUACGAGCAGAAAACGAAGAGGAAGAAGAAGCACGAUGUGGAGACGACGCAUUCAGAAGACGUUCGCAGUCGACUACAGAAAAAGUUGCUGGAUCCGAAGACAGUGCAGAGAGUGUCGGCGGUGCUGGACGCGGCGCAGAAGAAUCGGCUGCAGAAGAACUUCGGACAUCAGUUUUCUCAUAUGUGA